UGUACAUUUAAAAAGAUUUUAGUCGCUGGAUUUAAAGGAGGUGUGGUCAAAUGUAUUUUUAACAAUUUCUGCAAAUUUGCAUUUAAUGUAAUGUACAUACUCUGAAGUGUAGCCAUGAGUAGGUGCUUUUAGACCACUACCACACAUCCAUGUGGCAUUCCCAUGUCGUGUCAAAUCCGAUGUUUUAUUAAAAACAGCAUUUCAAUUACAAAUGCACAAAUAACAGUAACAGUAACAAGUACAAUCCAAUCAUUAGAUCUGAACUGAAACACAUUAGAAUAUGGGAGGUUUAAAUAUGUAUUUAUAUCAAUUCAAGACUGAAGGAAAAAACAUUGCAUUCGUUAUGCGUUUUCCUGUAGCUGCGUUUUCCUGUAACAACCCGUCUUCUGACGGGUGAACUGUAUUGGUGGAUCGUCUCAUACUCCUUCAUAGCGUUACUUGGCGACUCUUCCGCUGGGCACGCAUGCGCAGUCCACAUCGCACGGAUCCGCAUUUAAUCACGUUUAAAGACAACACUGUCUUCCCUUUCUCAAAUUAGCCCACUUCGGCCUAGUCAUACCACCUCCAAUUUCAGCGUCGGUACGGGGCCGCCAGGCCGGGACAGCUGCGGACAGCGAGCCCUCGGCCAUGGACGCUCUCGGACCUGGCCCCCCUGCCCCUCCCCCCUCCCUGUUUCAGCCGCCCCGCAGGCCUGGAUUGGGCACUGUGGGAAAGCCCAUUCUCCUGCUGGCCAAUCACUUUCAGGUGCAGGUGCCCAAGAUGGACGUGUACCACUAUGAGGUGGACAUCAAGCCGGAGAAACGCCCCCGCAGGGUCAACAGGGAGGUUGUGGACACCAUGGUGCGGCACUUUAAGAUGCAGAUCUUUGGGGACCGGCAGCCUGGCUAUGAUGGCAAGAGGAACAUGUACACAGCCAACCCCUUGCCCAUUGGCCGAGAGCGGGUGGAUCUGGAGGUGACCCUGCCGGGGGAGGGGAAGGAUCAGACCUUUAAGGUGGCGCUGCAGUGGGUGUCUGUUGUGAGCCUACAGCUGCUGCUGGAGACUCUGUCAGGCCGCCUUAAGGAGGUUCCGGAUGAUUCUGUGCAGGCCCUGGACGUCAUCACACGCCACCUGCCCUCCAUGAGGUAUACUCCAGUGGGGCGGUCGUUCUUCUCGCCCCCGGAGGGGUAUUAUCACCCCUUGGGCGGGGGGCGGGAGGUUUGGUUCGGCUUUCACCAGUCUGUGCGUCCCGCCAUGUGGAACAUGAUGCUGAACAUCGAUGUGUCGGCCACAGCGUUUUACCGGGCCCAGCCUGUGAUGGAGUUCAUGUGUGAGGUGCUGGAUGUUCAGAGCAUCAGUGAGCAGAACAAACCGCUCACUGACUCACAGCGCGUCAAGUUCACCAAGGAGAUCAGAGGUCUGAAGGUGGAGGUUACACACUGUGGGCAGAUGAAGCGGAAAUAUCGCGUCUGUAACGUCACACGCCGUCCUGCAAGCCAUCAGACGUUCCCUCUGCAGUUGGAAAGUGGGCAGGCUAUGGAAUGCUCGGUGGCUCAGUAUUUCAAACAGAAAUACAACCUGCAGCUCAAAUACCCUCAUCUGCCCUGUCUGCAGGUGGGGCAAGAACAGAAACACACCUACCUGCCCCUGGAGGUGUGUAACUAAGUGUGUGAGUGCAGGUGUGUAACUAAGCUGACGGAUAACAGUAGAUCAGCCGCCCCCAGAGCGCUUUCAUCAAACACAAAUGCCAAAGAGGAAGCUCUCUCUUUCCCUCCCCCUCUGCAGGUGAAGAGUAACAGUCUGGUGGGGGGGCCGGACCCCUACCUGAAGGAGUUUGGGAUCGUGGUGCACAGUGACCUGACCGAGCUGACGGGACGAGUGCUUCCUGCGCCCACCCUGCAGUACGGCGGGAGGAAUAAGACGGUGGCCACGCCCAACCAGGGCGUGUGGGACAUGAGAGGGAAGCAGUUUUAUGCCGGAAUUGAGAUCAAGGUUUGGGCCGUGGCCUGCUUCGCCCCCCAGAAACAGUGCAGAGAGGACCUGCUCAAGAGCUUCACGGACCAGCUGCGGAAGAUCUCUAAGGAUGCUGGGAUGCCCAUCCAGGGCCAGCCGUGCUUCUGUAAGUACGCGCAGGGAGCCGACAGCGUGGAGCCCAUGUUCAAGCACCUCAAGCUGUCCUACGUGGGCCUGCAGCUCAUCGUGGUCAUUCUGCCGGGGAAGACGCCCGUGUACGCUGAAGUGAAGCGUGUUGGGGACACACUCCUGGGCAUGGCUACUCAGUGUGUUCAGGUGAAGAACGUGGUGAAGACGUCGCCCCAGACCCUGUCCAACCUCUGCCUCAAGAUCAACGCCAAGCUGGGAGGCAUCAACAACGUACUGGUGCCCCAUCAGAGGCCCUCAGUGUUCCAGCAGCCGGUGAUCUUUUUGGGGGCGGACGUGACGCACCCCCCGGCGGGGGACGGGAAGAAGCCGUCGAUCGCGGCGGUGGUGGGCAGCAUGGACGGGCACCCCAGCCGCUACUGCGCCACGGUGCGGGUGCAGACGUCCCGCCAGGACCUGACGCAGGAGCAGCCGAACCGGCAGGAGCCCCCGCCAGACCAGCUCUUCAGCCAGGAGGUGGUGCAGGACCUGAGCAGCAUGGUGCGGGAGCUGCUCAUCCAGUUCUACAAGGCCACCCGCUUCAAGCCCACACGCAUCAUCUACUACAGGGGCGGGGUCUCCGAGGGCCAGAUGAAACAGGUGGCAUGGCCGGAGCUCAUGGCAGUGAGGAAGGCCUGUAUCAGUCUGGAGGAAGACUACCGGCCUGGAAUCUCUUACAUCGUGGUGCAGAAACGACACCACACCCGCCUCUUCUGCUCCGACAAAGCAGAGCGGGUGGGGAAGAGUGGGAACAUUCCAGCCGGGACGGCAGUGGACAGCACCAUCACACACCCCUCCGAGUUUGACUUCUACUUGUGCAGUCACGCUGGCAUUCAGGGCACCAGCCGGCCGUCGCAUUAUCACGUGCUCUGGGACGAUAACUGCUUCACCGCGGACGAGCUGCAGCUGCUCACCUACCAGCUGUGCCACACCUACGUGCGCUGCACCCGCUCCGUCUCCAUCCCCGCCCCCGCCUACUACGCCCGCCUCGUCGCCUUCCGCGCCCGCUACCACCUGGUGGACAAGGAGCAUGACAGUGCAGAGGGUAGUCACGUCUCUGGGCAGAGUAAUGGUCGGGACCAGCAGGCUCUGGCCAAAGCAGUGCAGAUUCACUAUGACACCCAGCACACCAUGUACUUCGCCUGACAGCUGCAGCUAGGGGGCGGCCUGCCCCCCUCCCCCCUUUCUUCUCCCUUGCUCCCUCUCCCCCCCCCCCCCCCUCCCCCCUCCCUCUUUCUUCUCCCUCGCUCCCUCUCUCCCCCUCCUUUCUCUCUGUCUCUCUCCCUCUCUGUCGCUCUUUUUCCCUCUCUCUCUCUGUCGCUCUCUCUGCUUGUGGUCCUAUAGCCAGCAGGUUGGUCCUCAGUGCUGAGUGAGGUUCUGACCUGGUCCGGACCGCUGGUGUCCAGCACAGGGAGAGAGACUGCAGAGAGACUGCAGAGCGACUGUCCUUCUGAAGCACAGAGAACACCGUUCAGUCGAGGUUUUUAUUGUUGAAUGUUUUUUUUUGAGGUUUUAAUUGUUGAAUGUUUUUUUUUGUACUGAUUGUGAUCAAAGCGGUCGUGUGCGAGAAGACCACUGCCGGUCUUGCAGUUGACCAGGUCUGUUCUUACCUCAACCCCCUUGGGGUACACUAGAAUUACAUUUUUGAAAAUUUGGAUAAAUUUGGAUGUUACUUAAUAUUUUAACUUCCAUCCUGUUUUCAUGGCGGCUUGGAUCAGUGCCGAUUUUAAUCCUGCCAAUUCUGAACGUGUGUGCGUGUGCGUAUGUGUGUGUGUGUGUGUGUGUGCGUAUGUGUGUGUGUGUGUGUGUGUGUGUGCGUAUGUGAGUGUAUGUGUGCGUGUGCGUAUGUGUGUGUGUGUGUGUGUGUGUGUGCGUAUGUGAGUGUAUGUGUGCGUGUGUGCAUGUGCGUAUGUGUGUGUGUGUAUGUCUGUGUGGGUGUAUAUAUUAAGUGUUCACCAUAAUGUGUUUCAGGUUUGGCUGUAUUCACAUAGAUAUACAUCCAUGUAAAGAUUUGUUUCACAUACUUCUAUAGGUAUAUAUGUCUAUGAAAGUGUUUUAUACACAUAAACAUUUUAAACAUUUAAAUUUAUAUGAAAGUGUUUGGUGAAAGACAACAAGGGUGUGGAGUUGUGGUCUUAGAGAAAGAGCACUUGGGUCAGUCGAUUGGAGAGAAACCGCACGGUCGCAUGUUUAGAGAGACCGCGGAGUUGCACAGCACUGUGGUUCUGAGUUUGGAGAGACUGAAGGGUUGUGUGUUUAGAGAGACCGUAGGGUCGUGUUUUUAGAGAGACCGUAGAGUGGUGACGAGCUGUGGUCAUGUUUUUGGAGAGACCGCAUGGUUGUGAUGGGAGAUUGCUGCUUCAUGAACCUCAUAAUGGGUGGAGCUACCCAGCAUAUGCUGUAAAAUAAACACCAGAGAAAUUAACCAAUCAGGAGUUUCCUGUUGCAGCUCCUGAGUAGCUGACUAUCUGACACAGUGCUAAAGCUUACAGCACACUGGCUAACUGUGCUACUGCUAACCUGGAUCCACAGCGCUAAAGCGUAUAGCACACUGGCUAACUGUGCUACUGCUAACCUGGAUCCACAGCGCUAAAGCGUAUAGCACACUGGCUAACUGUGCUACUGCUAACCUGGAUCCACAGCGCUAAAGCGUAUAGCACACUGGCUAACUGUGCUACUGCUAAUCUGGAUCCACAGCGCUAAAGCGUAUAGCACACUGGCUAACUGUGCUACUGCUAACCUGGAGCCACAGUGCUAAAGCUUAUAGCACACUGGCUAACUGUGCUACUGCUAACCUGGAGCCACAGUGCUAAAGCGUAUAGCACACUGGCUAACUGUCCUACCGCUAACCUGGCUAAUUAUGCCCCUCCACCCAAAAAUACAACAGUUUACUUCCAGAAGCGAGAAAAACAAAUACAGCAAAACAGGGAUUAGUUCACAUCAGUGAGUCCUGUGGUUCUGCCCUUUGUGUGGUUUAUGAAGCAUCAACCGUUGGGAAUCUGCUUGACCCUUUCAGCCGGGGCAUUGGUGGGGUGUGCAGGGUGUGGUUUAGGGCGUGUGCAUUUCAUCCUAAACAUGUAAAAUAAGAGUUUAAUAUAACAACAAAAAUAUUUAGUAUUUAGAGUAGCUUGUUGUCAUUGUUCAAUUAUUUCAUCCAACUGACAGCAGCAGCCAAGGUCCGAUCCGUGAUGAGAUAAACUAGGGUAUGUGUGAUGUCACAAAGGUAGGACGUAUUAUCAUAAAAGCUGAGGUAGGGGGGGGCUUUGUGAUGUCAUAGAGGUAGGUCAGAUUGAGACCGAUUGGGUGUGUGCAGAGGAGUGUGACUGUGAUUGUUGCUGUAGCCCAUUUGGGUUCCGGCGAGCUGGUUCGGUUGGUCGGUUUAGCGCUUGCAUUCGUAUCGCUGAAAUCUGCAGCUUACGGCCACUUCGCUCGCAUGCAUGUCUCAUCUUUUCGUACAGCGGUCGAUACAAAGAAAAAGAAACUGAAAGGGUAAAAAAAAAAAAUGUAAAUGUGUUUGAAGCCUGUUUAGGAUAGCAAUAUUGGUGUCUUUUAAUGAUGUAUUUUUAAAAUCCCACGUCAAACAAAAAAAAGCGAGGUACUUUUUUUUUUGAAAGCAUGGGGACAGGCGAUGACAGUGCAUUGCCUCCAGGGGGCGGUGAGGUUCCCCCUGGCCCUCUAGCAUUCCUGCACUGUGGCGCCCUCUCCUGGUGGGGUCGGGGUUUUGGCGCUGGGACAUCAGUCUGCUCGACCGUUGGCAGAUCUGUUUUUAUAAAAAGGAUCCACGAGCAGUUCUUUGCAGUACAUUUUAAUGUUCAUUAUGUCUGUUGCUAUAUAAUGGCCUGUAGCAUUUAGUGAUGUCUUCAGCUAUGUUACUGUCCAGGGGACAUUCUGGGGUCUCUUCCUGUGUGUAUUUGGGGUGGGUGGGAUGUGGGUACCUAAACUGUGCUGCAUUGUGUAAUAUGUGACUUCUUAAAAAAAUGUUUGUUUUUUAGCCUGCAGGGAAUACUUGUGUUCAUGUGCGACAUAAUAAAACAGUAUUUUGUGCCCAUUAUA